GUUUCCUGCCCGUCUCCGUUUAUCUGCACUCAACUAUGAGGGACGGAGGAGACUGUCGGUUCCGCUUAUCAAAAUGACUCUCCACACGUAACCGCCGCGCGCGAAUGAUUCGAUUCUGGUGUACACUGGGCGACACGGACCAAAACAUUGCCACGACCCUGCCAAAAGAGCGAUUAUAAUGCCACAGUGCGCGUGCCCGGGGCCGCUGUCAGGCGUCCAGCUCAAGCGUCUGGAGGAACACAAGUACAGCGCGUCUGGUCGCUCGCUCUUCGAGCCGCCCUGUCAGAUAUACUGGAACUGGUUGGUCCAGCAAAUCCCGACGUGGGUCGCGCCCAACACGCUGACCAUCAUCGGACUCAUCGUGAAUAUCGUCACGACGGUCAUUCUCGUGUAUUACUGUCCUACGGCCACGGAGGAGGCUCCAGGCUGGGCUUUUGUUCUUAGCGCUUUAGGCCUUUUCAUCUACCAGUCACUGGACGCCAUUGACGGCAAGCAGGCCAGACGGACCAACAGCAGCUCGGCUCUUGGGGAGCUCUUUGACCAUGGCUGUGAUGCAGUCUCCACAGUGUUUGUCGCCGUGGGAACGUGUAUAUCCUGCGGGAUCGGCACUUCCCCUAACUGGAUGUUUUUUUGUGGCUUUGUGGGCAUGUUCAUGUUUUUCUGCGCGCACUGGCAAACAUACGUGUCUGGAACUCUGCGCUUCGGAUUGGUUGACGUGACGGAGGUCCAGAUUGCUAUUAUAAUCAUGUACCUGAUGACAGCUUUCGGAGGUGUGAGUCUUUGGCAAACUAUGCUGCCUGUGAUCGGAGUGAAUCUGCAGACCCUUCCAAUUCUCGGCAUCAUUGGCGGAUUCCUGUAUUCAACCUAUUGCUACUUCUACGUCAUUCUCAAUGGUGGUGUGGGCAAAAACGGCUCAACUGUUGCAGACACCAGUGUAUUGUCUCCUGGUCUACACAUUGGUCUCAUUCUUACCCUGGCCUUCAUCAUCUUUAAGAAGUCCUCCAGUCAGCUUUUUGAGCACCAUCCUUGCCUCUAUAUCCUUACCUUUGGUAUGGUGAUUGCCAAAAUCUCCAAUAAGCUAGUGGUGGCCCACAUGACCAAGAGUGAACUUCAUCUUCAUGACACAGCCUUUAUUGGUCCUGGACUCCUCUUCCUCAACCAGUACUUCAACAGCUUCAUCGACGAGUACAUUGUCUUAUGGAUUGCCUUGGUGCUGUCCAUGGUGGAUCUGGUGCGUUACUGCACAAGUUUAUGCCUGCAAAUCGCCUCCCAUCUACGAAUCCGGGUUUUCAGCAUCGCCCCGCAGGGCCACACCCAUAAAGACUGACAAUUUGCCCGGCGGGAGGAGGAAGCGGGAUCUAAGGAUGAUGAUGUCAUCCCGCUUCUUAAUCAAGAGCAGGAAAGCACCACAAACCAAAACCUUAAUGGCCUUGACAGCGUCACUACCACAGACUAACUAACAUAAGGGAAAAAAAUCUGCAUUGUUUUGCCAGGUUUGACUGGAACAUUUCGAGUAAGACCAGCACAUUGUGUAAUUUUUGUUAAUCACGCUGGACUGUAUCUCACUGGAUGAAAAUGAAAAGAGAGUUUAGAUGCUAAACAAAACCUAAAAAAAAAAAAAUUUGGAUCCUGGGCCAAAGGGGGCUUAGCCAAGUUUUGUAUUGCCUCAAAAAAAAAAAAAAAAAAAAAAGUUUUCAAAAACAACUCGUUGAUUGUGAGAUAUCCAAUUAUGUUAAAUUAACUCGUUUUUUAAUUGGCUAAUUUUUUAUCAAAAAGUUUUUUAGAUUUCCAGUAAACAUAGUGAAACCAACAAGUGUUCGCGGUUCAUCCGUCAAGCUUGUUUGGUUGAAGUAUUGUUUUAAUUAGUGCUUCUGUCAAAAAAUAAUUCGUGGACAAAACUCUUUCGGAAAGUUUAUACAAUAGUAUUUAUCAAAAAUUGUUUUUGGGUUUGAUCAUAUUGUCACAAUUUUUAACAAUACAAACGAAGGCUACAAGUGUCAUUUGGGCAUCAAUUAACAUGCUGUUGCUUUAAACUAAAUCAUACAGUAUCAAAGAUUCAUUUAGGUUAUGAUUCAUUUUACAAAAGUAAAACAUUUUAUAUAUUAGAAAUUCAACAAAAGCAAGUAUUAAGGACAUUAAAGAUCCUACAUAAAGUGAAAAACUACCCAUGGUUUAACCUAUUUUUACUUUUUUUGAGUGUUUUUUGCUAUUUGUAGAUACUGUGAGACUGAAAAAUGCCCAAACAGCCAUUGUAGCUUUUAAAAUGACAAAGAAACUUUUUGUGAUUGUCCAGUGAUUACAGUGUACGUAAUUUAUUUCAAUACAACUGAAUGUGUGAAAUUCAAGCCUGUUGAAAAUAUUAAUUGCAUUUAAUUGUCAAGGAUUGUGGUUGUGUGUAAAAACAGACACGCCUCUUUUUAGAACAGCUCCGCCCCUUUUCCAAUCACUUAAUCCCAGUUUGCUCUGACUUCCUGGUUGUAUAUCUGUACUUCCUACGAAUGGGCUGCCACUGCGUGUUUUAAGGUGAUGUAAAGGAGGCUGUGAUAUUUCGUGACUGUUUCAUGAUACGCUAACUGACAGCUCUGCCUGCUUUGAAUCAUCUCCUCCCAAAGGGCUAAUAAAACAAAUAAAUUUUGUGUGAUUUGAAUAGAGAA